AUGGCUGGAGAUUCUAGAAUCUUCAUGAACCAGGACAUGGACAUUGGUGUUACAUCCAGAGAGCCUAAGAAGAUUCCCAAGCAGGCUCGGGAUGAUGUCCCCAUUGCCACCGACCGAACCAGGCUCAUCUCAGCGGAAGGGAAGAAGCCACGGCAGCGUUACAUGGAGAAAAGUGGCAAAUGCAACGUCCACCAUGGGAACGUCCAAGAAACCUACCGGUACCUUAGCGACCUCUUCACCACGCUGGUGGACCUCAAGUGGCGUUUUAACCUCCUGGUCUUCACUAUGGUCUAUACCAUCACUUGGUUGUUUUUUGGGUUCAUAUGGUGGCUCAUUGCCUACAUCCGGGGAGACCUGGACCACCUGGAAGAUGAGAACUGGAUCCCCUGUGUGGAAAACCUCAGUGGAUUUGUUUCUGCCUUUCUGUUUUCGAUCGAGACCGAGACGACCAUUGGGUAUGGCCACAGGGUCAUAACGGAGAAGUGCCCAGAGGGCAUCGUGCUGCUCCUGAUCCAGGCUAUUCUGGGCUCCAUUGUCAAUGCAUUCAUGGUGGGAUGCAUGUUUGUCAAGAUCAGCCAACCAAAGAAGAGGGCUGAAACCCUCAUGUUUUCCAACAACGCAGUGAUCUCCAUGAGGGAUGAGAAGCUCUGUCUCAUGUUCCGGGUUGGAGACCUCCGCAAUUCCCACAUUGUCGAGGCUUCCAUCAGAGCCAAACUGAUUAAAUCCAAACAGACCAAAGAAGGAGAGUUUAUCCCCUUGAACCAAACGGACAUCAACGUGGGAUUUGACACUGGAGAUGACAGAUUGUUCCUGGUGUCGCCUCUGAUCAUCUCGCAUGAGAUCAAUGAGAAAAGCCCCUUCUGGGAGAUGUCCCGCACCCAGCUGGAGAAAGAGGAGUUUGAAAUCGUGGUCAUCCUGGAAGGAAUGGUGGAAGCAACAGGCAUGACUUGCCAGGCUCGCAGCUCCUACAUGGACACCGAGGUGCUGUGGGGACAUCGCUUCACUCCUGUCCUCACCCUGGAGAAGGACUUCUAUGAAGUUGACUACAACAGCUUCCACAGCACUUACGAGACCAACACCCCCGUGUGCUGCGCCAAGGAGCUGGCCGCGUCCCGCCGCGAGGGACAGCUCCUCGGCCACCUCUCCAGUGCCACCCUCCUGAGUGGAGGCAGAGAAGCAGAGCCAGCAAAAGAGGAAGAAGAAGAGGAGGAGGAGGAGGAGGAGGAGGAAGGCAAGGAGCCAGCAGGACUGAAUGGAGCCAACGGGACAGCAGGAGAGGUGAAAGAAGAUAUACCUGUCUAA